CCAUUGUUACGCAACAACUCCUCACCCCGAAAAAAACAACCUUCUCCCAUCUUCAACCCCAAGCUUGCGAGCAAUUCAACAUGCCGAGUGCGGAAACCAUGGCCAGUACCCCAAAUGGUGCCCUUGGGCAGCUCAAAAUAACCGGAAAACAUGUCCUGUCCAAGCUUCAGCAGCAAACAUCAAAUGCCGACAUCAUCGACAUCCGCCGCGUUGCUGUAGAGAUCAACCUCAAGACAGAGAUCACCUCCAUGUUCCGGCCUAAAGAUGGCCCUAGACAGCUUCCCACUUUGCUUCUCUAUAACGAGAGAGGCUUGCAGCUGUUCGAGCGUAUCACCUAUCUAGAAGAGUAUUAUCUUACCAAUGACGAGAUCGAAAUCCUCACCAAACAUGCCACCGAGAUGGCCAGCUUCAUCCCCUCGGGCGCCAUGGUCAUUGAGCUCGGAAGCGGAAAUCUGCGCAAAGUAAACCUUCUAUUGCAAGCUUUAGACAACACCGGCAAGGAAAUCAACUAUUAUGCCCUUGACCUGUCUCGAGAGGAGCUGGAACGCACUCUCGCCCAGGUACCAUCCUACAAGCACGUCAAGUGCCACGGUCUUCUGGGAACAUACGACGAUGGACGUGACUGGCUCAAGGCUCCCAAAAACAUCAACAGACAGAAAUGCAUUUUGCACCUCGGAUCAAGUAUUGGCAACUUCAACCGCAGUGACGCCGCCGCUUUUCUCAAGGGCUUUACGGACGUCCUAGGACCCAAUGACAAGAUGCUCAUUGGAGUUGAUGCUUGCAAUGACCCGGCGAGGGUAUACCACGCUUAUAACGACAAGGAAGGUAUCACUCAUGAGUUCAUCUUGAAUGGUCUCCGCAACGCCAAUGAGAUCCUCGGAGAGACGGCUUUCAUCGAGGGCGAUUGGAGGGUUAUUGGCGAGUAUGUGUAUGACGAAGAGGGAGGCAGACACCAGGCCUUUUACGCCCCCAUUCGCGAUACUAUGGUUAUGGGCGAGUUGAUUAGGUCACACGACAGGAUCCAGGUCGAACAGAGCCUAAAGUACUCCAAAGAGGAGGCGGAGAGGCUCUGGAGCAAGGCGGGAUUGGAACAAGUCACGGAAUGGACGUACGGCAACGAAUAUGGACUCCAUCUGCUUGCCAAGUCAAGGAUGUCGUUCAGUCUCAUCCCUUCGGUAUACGCUCGCAGCGCACUCCCAACUCUGGACGACUGGGAGGCCCUUUGGGCGACAUGGGAUGUCGUCACACGUCAGAUGCUUCCCCAGGAAGAACUUCUGGAGAAGCCCAUCAAGCUCCGAAACGCCUGCAUCUUUUAUCUCGGUCACAUCCCGACCUUCCUCGACAUCCAACUCACAAAGACCACCGAGCAAGCUCCGUCAGAGCCAGCUUACUUCUACAAGAUCUUCGAGAGAGGCAUCGAUCCUGAUGUUGACAACCCGGAGCUGUGUCAUGCACACUCGGAGAUUCCUGACGAAUGGCCGCCGGUGGAAGAAAUCCUGACCUAUCAGGAGACGGUACGGUCCCGGUUGCGCGGUCUCUAUGCAGGUGGCAUCGAGAAUAUCCCGCGGAAUGUGGGCCGGGCCAUUUGGGUUGGAUUUGAGCACGAGCUCAUGCAUAUCGAGACGCUGUUGUACAUGAUGCUACAGAGUGACAAGACGCUGCCCCCAACCCACAUUCCGCGACCCGACUUCGAGAAGCUCGCUAGGAAGGCAGAGUCCGAGAGGGUUCCCAAUCAGUGGUUUAAGAUUCCGGCCCAGGAGAUUACCCUCGGUUUGGAUGAUCCUGAGGAUGGAACUGAUGUUAACACACACUAUGGCUGGGACAAUGAGAAGCCCGUAAGGCGUGUCCAAGUUGCCGCUUUCCAGGCGCAAGGAAGGCCCAUCACCAACGAAGAGUACGCGCAAUACCUGAUCAACAAGAACAUCAGCAAGUUGCCCGUGUCUUGGGCCGGCCUAGACGACGAGAACCUUACCAACGGGACAAGAAACGGCGUGAACGGUCACCACAGAAACGGCGCCUCCAAGCAGCUCCCAUCAUCUUUCCUCGAGAAGACAGCAGUCCGCACAAUCUAUGGUCUCGUACCUCUCAAGCACGCUCUCGACUGGCCCGUCUUUGCCUCUUACGACGAACUCGCCGGUUGCGCAGCCUACAUGGGCGGGCGUAUCCCCACCUUUGAAGAAACCCGGAGCAUCUACGCUUAUGCUGAGGCCCUUAAGAAGAAGAAAGAAGCUGAGAAGCAAUUGGGAAGGACGGUGCCGGCUGUUAAUGCCCACCUAACCAACAACGGCGUGGAAAUCACUCCCCCAUCCUCUCCCUCUUCCGAGACCCCCUCCGAAUCCCCCUCCUCCCCCUCCUCCUCCUCCUCCUCGGACAACACCACCAUCACCACCACCACCGAAGACCUCUUCGCCGACCUAGACGGCGCAAACGUUGGUUUCCACAACUGGCACCCCGUCCCCGUCACCUCCUCCAAACCCGACACCCUCCUCCUCGGGCAAGCCGAGCUCGGCGGCGUAUGGGAAUGGACUUCCUCGGUCCUCGGCAAAUGGGAGGGGUUCAAGCCCAUGGAGCUGUACCCGGGGUACACGGCGGAUUUCUUUGACGAGAAGCAUAAUAUUGUGCUGGGAGGGAGCUGGGCUACGCAUCCGAGGAUUGCGGGACGCAAAAGCUUUGUUAAUUGGUAUCAGAGGAAUUAUCCUUAUGCUUGGGUGGGGGCGAGGGUUGUUAGGGAUUUGUUGGAAUAGGUAGGUGUGUAAUGGGAUGGGAUGGAAGGGUGAGUGAGGAUGCGGGAGGGGGGGGAGGGUUGGAAGAGAAGAUGAGAGAGGUAUUGUUGCCGAGCGCUCAUUUGGGUGUUUUCUUGAUUACCUUAUGGAAGUUUUCACAUGCAUAUGUAGUUUGGGUAUUUACAAGGAAAGAACUGAGAGAGAAAUGGGAUCAAUAAUGUUCAUCCGACAUGUCUGGAUGAAGAGGAGAUGCUCUACGUAAUAUAUCCCC